CUUUUCAGAUAGAUUCCUUCUAGAUUUGCGCAUAAAGCUAUGUUUCUUUAAGUUGCAGAAUAUAAUUUAACAUGUUUUUGGCUAAAUUACUGUUCUUCCUUAUAAUAGGUACAUCCUUCCUAAAAUGUAGGAGUCAGGAAAAGCAAAUCCGAGGGACACCUGAAGUGGAUUAUCCAACAUAUUACAUUAUACCUAAAACUUCCUUUCGUUGUUCAGAACAGCUGUAUAAUCCUGGAUUUUACGCUGAUAUAGAAACAAGAUGCCAAGUAUUCCACUAUUGUUAUGAACAUCGCCAAGAAAGCUUUCUGUGUCCUAUGGGAACAGUCUUUAAUCAGCCCCUUCUGGCUUGUGAUUACUGGUAUAGCUCCAAUUGUAGUCUAGCGCCGUCUUAUUAUCAUGUUAAUGCUGUUAAAAGAAAUGAAGACUUUGGUGAUGUAGCUGAGGAACCCGAAGACUUGCAAUCAGAAAAUUUGUUCGAUAAAAUGGCACAUCUUUAUGAAAUAAAUAAGACUCCAGAACCGCUUGCUCUGAAAAAUGAUUCUGGGAUUGCAGAAAAUGAACUUUUAAGUAGAGACAGCAUUAAAUCUUCUGGUGAACCAUUAAUCGAAAGGAAUAACAAAACUGAAGAUUACAACAAGUAUAGUUAUGAUAAUCGAUUCAACAUGGCCGAUGAAAAACACCCGGAAAUUGUAAAAUAUGAGGUUGUAGGAUUAGAUGCUAUAAAAGUUCAUAAAGGUUCUGAAAAUCAACCACUUUAUGACACAGAUAAUGAGAAUGACUUCAUUCUUUCUGAGGAUGGUAAGUUGCAUCCAAAUCAAGAUGUUUACCAAUUGUAUCCUACCGACAUGAAUUUUGAUCAGGGAUACAGCGGUUACGCGGAAAUUCCAAGCGAGGAAAAUGUGAAUGAUGAUUUAAAUGGUGACUAUGAAAGUGAUUUUCAAAUGUCAAGUUCUGAACUUCAAAGGAGAUAUUCAAAUAUGAAUGAGAACGUCAGGAGACCGUUGAGUCGUAAGCCAAUAAUAAUUGUUCCUGAAGAACCUGAAAUUGUUCAGUUGCCAGUUAUGAAACAUAAGCGUAAACCUGUUGGAAUACCUUCGACAACUAGUGCGAAUACAAAUGGCGGAUCUUCGUAUGAAACAACUCAUGAUUCUAAUAUUUACAAAGAAGAUACUGCAUCAUCUGUAACUGAGGGUCUUGCAGGCACAGCUUCUAGCAGAUUUCAGCAAGAUGAAUUAAAGCUUAAUUAUGAAUUUAACGAUUCGAAGUUAUUUUAUGAAAUUCAAAAACAAGUCGGUGAUGAAACUGGUUCGCAUCUGGACCAAACUGAAACAUCAAGUAUAAUUUAUGAUUAUUCUAAUAAGAAAAACACUCGAAAUGCGUACGUUCUCUCAAAUGCCGAUGAGGAGCAAAUUGAAUCUAUCUUUGGAUCAGGAAGUAAUGAUCUCUCCAGUAAUUCGAAUACUGAACUGCGAAAUACAUUGGUAGAUUCGAAUCAUGGGCAUAUAUCUGAGAUAUUUAUUGAAAGUUCUACUGCAAUUUCAGAUGAAGGUGCAGGUAUAGCUGCUGAAGGUGAUCCAUCCUUAGGCUCUGGAUCAGAAGAAAAUAUUAUCAGAUUUCACCCAAGUGAUAAAUCUAGCUUCCUCAAAGAUCAAGAUGUCUUUUCCGAUAGCGAAGAUAUGGAAACUAUAAAUAAAGAGAUAUCCUAUGCGUUACCAAUGAAUCUUUCAGACACUUCUGAAGGAUCUGGUACUUCUGUACAGGAAACCGAAGACAUGCCUAAUUUUGUUGAAGAAGAUAAAGAACCUAUCGAGAUUAUUUUAAAGGGCGAUUCUGAUUAUAGCAAUGGAUAUAACAGAGAAUCCAGCUUUUCUUUAGAAACUUUUGGGGAGUUCUUACCAUCGUCGAGUUCAGAGCACAAUGAGGGGACAGAAUUAGUAGAUGGCAGUGGUGGAUCAAGCGAAUUUAAUUAUUUACCUCAUGAAUUACAAGAAUCUUCUGAUAUCCUUUAUGAUACUUCUGACAAAAUGGUGCCGGAGAUUCAAGAAAUAGACGGAUCUUACUAUUACGUUUUCCCGGAUUCUGAUUAUCAUUCUAAUUCCGAAUAUGAGGAUUCAAGUGAAUUUUACUCAGAAAAUGAGGAUUACUCUGUCACUGAAAAUUUUGGAGCAAGUUCUGAUAAAUUGCCAGAAGAGCUGAUCGACAAUACAGGAUCUCGGUAUUUUCCAGUGGAUUCAGAAUUAAAAACGGAUGAUACAGAAAGACUGUCGGAUGAAUUUGAAAUGGAAACUUCGCCAAACAUUCCAGAAGAAUAUAUUGUUGAUGACUUUGAUAGUACUGGACAAUUAUCAACUGAAGAUUUAAAAUUUUUAGAAAUUAUGACUCAAAGUCCGAUUCCAUUGCCAAUGAAUUUGUUUGAUGUAUCUAAUGAAAAAUCGAGCUCUAAUGUUGUAAAAGACGAAAUACCACACUUCGAAAUUAUGUCACUGGAGCAGGAUGUCGAUGAUCAAGCUGCAGCUCAGAAAGGGGCAGGCAGUAUGGAAGAAGCUUAUGAAAUUGAAAAUCUUUCAUCUAAUAUCUCUCCAGACAUUGAAAAACAUUCUUCUGAGGUAGAAUCUUCUGAAAUUAAUCCAGAAUUCUCGGUAGCCGAACAAAAGAUGGUAGAAGAUGGCUCAGUCUAUGAUCAAGCUGCAACUCAAGAAGGUGCAGAUGACAUGGAAGAUGUAUAUGAAAAUUUUUCUUCUAAUAUCUCUCAAGACACUGAAAAGCAUUCGGCCGAGGUGGAAUCUUCUGAAAUUAAUCCAGAAAUCUUGGAAGCUGAACAGAAUAUUGCAGAAGAUGGUACAGUUAUAGAUGGUUCAAGCCAAGAAGAAUCGGAGAUAUUGUCUGAACAAAAUUUGGAAGCGUUGAUACCUGGAAAGGAAAUCGAUCCUUUUAACCCUUUGUUUGCUGAAGGUAGUGAAAUAUUAGGCAGUUCUGACAGCAGAAAGAAAUCAUCCUUGAAUGUAAAUUCUGUUAAAGCAAAAAACACUGUAGUUAAUCCUGCUGCAGAAAAAGAUUUGAAGAAAGUUACGAGAGGAAAGAGGUUGAACGAAAAUCUUCGAACAUUUAACCCUUCGAGCAAAGGUUAUCCUUUGAUAACCCCAAGCAGAGACACUUUUAGAGAAGCGGUUUUUUCAAAUAUCCCUACAUCCUUCCUUAAAAUGAAGCACAGCACUUUAAGACCAUAUUUUUAUAACUAUGAGUUAAAGAAUUCCGGAUUUUAUCCUCGCACAGGUGACCUGUUUGAAUCUUCGAAAUUUUCCACACUGACCUCCCUUGGAAAGAAACUGCUGGAAGCGAAAAGAUCCAAAUUUAGCAGAAUUAAAAAGUACAUAGAUUCUUACAGAAAUAACUAAUGUUUUAAUGUCACUUUUAUGAUUUUGUUAAUUUAUUAAAUUAUUUAUUUGACUUAUUAAAAUAUUUUUUUUAGAAAUA